AUGGUUGAUGUAUCAGCAGGCCAGGUCAUCAGCCUCCUGGAUGGCCGGCAAGCCACCGUACGAUUCGUUGGGGCAACACACUUCGCCAGCGGAGAUUGGAUUGGAGUCGAGCUCGACGAUGCGACCGGAAAGAACGAUGGAUCUGUCCAAGGCGAGCGCUAUUUCGACUGUGAACAUGGCUAUGGCAUGUUUAUUAGACCGUCGGCGGUUGCGUCUAUAUUAGCUCCUGCGCCUGCUCCUAAACGUGAAAGUAAAGUAGCAGCUGCACCGACAAAGGCAGCCGCCGUUGGCAAAGUCCCGACAUCUGGAGCGGCCGCUUUGAAGCGGACAGGCAGUGCUGCCACAGCAGCCUCAAAACGACAAAGCGCUACAGCAAGUCCCUCACCCGCCCCGAGGGAAAUAGCGGCUCGGAGUUUGAGGUCACCAACCAAGUCUCCCGUCAAGCAACUCGGCACUACCUCCCGACCCUCUUCGACACUUUCAAGAACAGCUCCUACGGUAAAGCCUAGGGCAAGUAUUAGCGGACGAACGUCAAUGGGACCGCCUGCCCCCGGAUCAGUCGCAGCAAAACCCCGACAGUCUUUGAUGAGCAGUCAGAACAAGUUGACACGACCGGGUGUUCCUUCGAGUGCCUCAACAUCUACUUCUUCCGUCAAACGUCUUUCAGUACGUCCCAUUAUAGCUAAGAAGGCCACGGAUGAAAGCUCAAGUCGGGCAAGUGCUGCAUCAGAACCAAGCGCAGAUGCCUCAGAGGUAGACCAGGAAGCCGAGAGCGAAGAUGUCUCGCCUAUCACUUCCAGACCGGAGCCGCUAGGAGCGAGAGCUUCUACAACAUCACGUGGCGCACCUCAGAGCUCAGCCAUUGCCAGGGAACUAGAAGAUUUGAAAACGAAGCUCAAGGUCAUGGAAAAGAAACGAGCAGAGGAUAGAGAGAGACUCAAGAGUCUUGAACGGCUGCAGGCUGAAAGAGACAAAUAUGAGGGUAUUAUUCAAAAGCUGCAAGCAAAAUACCAACCGCAACAGGUUGAGUUGACAGACCUGAAGAAGAAAAUCCGCGAGACGGAAGCGAAACUUGAGCAAGCGGAAAGAAUUCAAGCCGAACAUGAGUCUAUUCUGGAAGUAGCUGCGCUCGACCGCGAAAUGGCAGAGGAAACUGCCGAAGCGUUCAAAGCCGAGUGUCAGGAUUACAAGAUUAGAUUGGAGGAGUUACAACUGGAGCUUGAAGUUUUACGGGAUGAGAACGAGGAACUGAGCAAUGUUAUGAGUCCAGAAGACAAGUCCAGUCAGGGCUGGUUACAGAUGGAAAAGACCAACGAGCGACUUCGUGAGGCGUUGAUUAGGCUUCGUGAUAUGACACAGCAAACCGAAGCAGAGCUUCGCGACCAAAUAAAGGAACUACAAGAUGACCUUGAGGAAUACACGACUGUAAAAGCUGAGUAUGAAUCAAUCAAAGAGAAAUUGCUGGCUUCCGAAACCAACGUGGAUGAGCUCAAACAACAGCUAGAGACAGCGCUGGGUGCCGAGGAAAUGAUCGAGGAGCUAGCUGACAAGAAUAUGCGAUACCAAGAGGAGAUCAACGAACUUAAAGCGGCUAUUGAAGAUCUUGAAAGUUUGAAGGAAAUCAGCGAUGAGCUAGAGCUCAAUCAUGUUGAGACGGAGAAACAGCUGCAAGAAGAAAUCGACUACCGGGAAUCGAUUUUCAACGAGCAAUCCCGCAAGGUCGCUCAGCAAGACGAAGUUAUUGAGGAUUUGGAGUAUACGUUGGCGCGAUUCCGCGAGCUUGUUACUAACCUACAGAGUGACCUUGAGGACAUGCGUGCAUCUCAGCAGUUGACUGAAACCGAGGCAAAUGAACUCACUACACGAUCUAGGGCAAUGAUGGAUCUGAACUUAAAACUGCAAGCCUCCGUUGAAAAGGCUCAGAGUAAGACAAUAGACAUUGAGAUGGGCCGCAUGGAGGCGGAAGAAUCCUCAGAGCACCUUGCAAUUGUUCAGUACUACUUGCCAGACUACUAUGAUACCGAAAAGGAUUCAGUGCGAGCCUUUUUGCGUGCGAAGAGGGUGGCGUCCAAGGCCUCGUUGAUACAGAACACCGUCCGUGAACACCUUGUUGAGCAAUCUCAAUCCUCGAGCCCACGUGAGAACAUCUUUGCAUCAUACGAGGUUAUCGAAAAUGCAUUGUGGAUAUCCCGUGUGUGUGAACGAUUCGUCAAGCAUGUUACAACAUGUUCACCCGAACAAUUCGGUCAAUUCGGUGUCGCUUUGUUUGAAUUGGAACCAGUUGAACGUACAGUCAACAAUUGGAUCGAAUCAUUGAGAAAGAAUGAGCUCGACGAGAAAAAAUGUGCCUUGGAGUUGCAAAGAUCUAUUGCUCUCUUGACUCAUCUUGCAGAAACCUUGAUUCCAACAGAGCUAGCAACAUACGCAGAUGAAACCUUGACACGUGCUAUCAUGAUUCAAACCUACCUCGAACAUGUUGCUUCAGCCUUGACCCAGCUGAGAAAUCUUCUGCAUAGCAAACUUUCUACUUCUGAGGAAGAAGACGACCCAGAAAAACUAUUCUUCUUCAAUAAGACCGAUGCACUGGUUGGCCAGGCACGCGGCUUGAAAAUGGUCAUCACGAAAGUCAUACGUUCUUUGGAGGAGCUCAACUCUAGGUCGCUUGCCCUAUCGGACGGAGCUGCCGAGCCAUUCGACUCUGCAGAGGCCAUAGCCAAAAAAUUAGCCGAAUUGGUACGACAACUUGGAGAGGAUGUCCUAAUUCUGCUUGGCGAAGAAGGUCGAACGGAGCCGUUCACUUAUGAGGAAGUUUCUGCCAAAAUGCUACAGACUGCAACAGCCAUAGCCCAAGGUCUUGCAUCAGAGGAUGAUUGCAGUGAUGCCCUCUCCUUACUGACCUCAGGACUGAAGACCUUGACUGGCCAACUUGAGGAGUUGAGUAAUCAUGCCUCUGAUUUGACGCACACGGCCGAGUUUGAGAGAGGAAAGCAUCCUUGGAUCGCUCGCGCGAAAGAGCUCAAAUCCCACAAAGCAUCAUCGCCCGAUGCCGAGGAAGAGAUUCGUCGCCUGAAGAACGAACUCAGCGAGACAUCUACUGCACUUGGUGUUAAAGAUAAGACAAUCGAGGAGCAAGCGAUGAAAGUGGAGUUGCUCGAAUCUAGAAUGCGUGAAGCGACCAAGAAGGCUUCCGUUGUUAAGGAGUUCGAGGUCAAGAUUGAAUCCAUGCAAGAAAAAGAAAGUCAAUUACAAGCAACGGUGGAAAACCUGAGCAAGGAUCUGCAAUCUAUGCAAUCUGAGCGCGAUGACUACAAGCAACGAUUUGAGCGGGUGAAACGGGCUUCCGGCAAUGUUGGUGCCACCAUUACUGCCGGAGGUGUCGUUGUCGACUCAGAAGCUACCCUGGCAGCUAUGCGCGAAAACGAAGCACUCCGCUCAGAGGUCAGCAGUCUCCAAGCUGCCGUUCGCUUCCUGCGCGAAGAUAACCGUCGUGCUAAUCUACUUGAUCCUUACUCCGUCCAACGAACGACAAAUAUGUAUUCCUGGCUCGAUGCACCGCUUACACAGCCCAAACCUUCCGCUCAAAAGGAAGCACAAUACGCCCGUGCCGCAGAAAGUCGCGAUAUCCUCAACCACCUCCUCAAACUUACCAAGGAGACACCAAUCACUGAUCUCGCCUCGACUAUACCGUCAGACCAGAAACGCUCUGCAUGGCGCCCCACAAAAUCAACAUACCGCUACAGAGCACUCCAAAACCGAGAAAAUUAUGAACAAUGGAGCGAAUGGAAGAGCGAAGUCGCGAUGCGUGAAAAGGAAGAAGAGAGGAUAGUAGCGGCAAAAGCGGAACGAAUUCUGCGUGAGCAGCAGCAGGCAAAGCGUCGUGCAGCAGGGCAUCGUGGGCAUGCGAAAACGCCGUCGGCAGGGUUUGGAAUGAUGGGUAGAGCGUGGACGAUAUUAGGGAUGCAGAAUGAUAAUGAUGGGAAGGAGGGUGGUAGGGUUGAAAUUGUGUCUGAUGUUUGA